AAGCGCCGUCCCCCGGCGGGGAGGGCCCGCGGCGGCGCAGGAAAGCUCCAUCUUCCCUCACGUGAUUUCGAGGAAGGGGAGCGGUGCCGCCCGCGGGGAGCCGCCGCCGGACGCCCCGGGACCCGCGCCCCGUUUCAAUGGAUUUAACAAGUCCACCGUGUUCUUUACAAGAUAAUGGUUUCAGUAGGGAAACCACUGACCCUUCUGGCCCAUCAACAGAUGAAAUGGAAAGUCUUAAAGAAGAACUGGAGAAAUGGAAGGGAAGACUUGAAAAAGCUGAGAAAGCAAAAGCUGUUCUUCUCCUUUGUAAAUUGAGUGCUGAUGAAGAGCAUGUUAAAGCACAGGAUGAGCUGGCAAAGCUAAAAGACUUUCAAGAGAAACAGCAUAAGGAAGGCGUUAUGUCUAGGGAAAGCUAUGAGAUAGAACUCUCUCUGCUAAAUCAAGAAAAUACUGGGCUGAAGAGAGAGAUUGAAAAGCUCAAAGAAGACCUUGCAACAAAUAAAUCAAUGCUUUCACGCUUUGGUCAGAUUAAAAAAAAGGUAGCAGAAAUGAACAUGAAGUUCCUUCAUAUGGAAGACAUGAAGGAUGGUUAUCCAGAUAUGAAUACUCACUGUGUUUUUCACGUAGCUACAAAAAUCCCAUUCAAACUGGAUAAAAACCAAGCACUGCUUGCUUUUGAAGAUGAGGAAGUUGCCCAGAGGCUGAUAAAAAUGGAUAAGCAUACUGUGAACCUGGACAGCAAAACAGCAAAUCUGAGAGUGAAGCCUUUUACACUUGAAAUGGGAAUUAAAUUUGAGCUCCAUGUCACUAUUUCCGGAAAGAAGAUCAACGUUUCUGAAAUACCAGAGCUGUCAAUUCCUGAUGACUGGAUGAGAGACAAAUUAGAGCUGCAUUUCCACAAAUCUGAACAUGGAGGAGGAGAAGUAGAGAGUGUAGAAUAUGACAAGAGGUCUAAAACAGCUGUUAUUACGUUCCUCAGACCUGAAGCAGCUAGCGGCUUUGUGGGACGCACUAGAUGUCCUUUCUUUGUAAAUGGAAGGUUCUGUAUGGUUUCUGUGUUCCCAAGCACAGAAAAACACUUGGAGAAGCUUCAGAUCUGUUCUGGGAUUUCUAAGAAGACCAUUCUGUUGAAAGGCAUUCCAGAGACUGAAGAUGAUGAGGAAAGUGUGCAGGACAUGAUUGAAAUUCAUUUUCAGAAGCCUAGUAAUGGUGGUGGGGAAAUAGAGAACAUCAAAUAUGUAUCAAAAGGGGUUACAUGGGCUUAUUUUGAGGAGGAUACUUAAUGAUAUAUACUAAGUGUAGAAAUUCAGUGAAAAUGAGUGCUCGUGGUUCCAGAGAUUCCUGAUGAAAGUCAUGGAAAAGACCUUUACCAGCACUUGAAACUUAAUAUGAUUGCUUUCUGCAAAUGUGAAGAUUUUGUAUUUUUCAGAUUUUAGAUAGGUGAUAUACUCCAAAGUGGGAUAAAUCUAUUCCUUCUUAAAUUUUGGUUAGGAAAACCAGCCAUAACCCCACUUGAAAGCGUCCUCACAAACCUGCUUUUUAAGUGCCUUAGCUUCAAAAAGCCUCUCUCUGAUGUAACUCCAGUCCUACUUAGGUUAGAAGGUACCACCACACCUCCAAUACUUUAAAGCAGUUACUCUGUAGUUUAAUAAAAUUUCCGUCAACAAAUUAGUGAUAAAAUGGCAAUAGGGAAAGGAGCUAUAUGUAUGUAUAUAUGUAUAUGUAUAUAUAUCUGUCAAAUGGUGGUCGUGAUGGAAAAGGGGAGAGUGUAAAAGUGCCACAGAUUUACUCCAGAAAUUGCACCUUAUGAGAAAUGCAGCAGUCCUGCUUUUAGUUGUUGAAAUGCUGAUACUUCCUCGAGGUUCUGAUCCAACUUCUGCUGAACUUCUAAUAAGUUCACAGCCUGGUUUGCUGUUUUUUCUUAUUCUUGUUUCUAGUUAUAUUUUUUUAAUUUGUUUUGUGUUCUUUUUUUUGCUUAAUUUAAAAUGCUACCAGUGCUAGCUACAAAUUUGGAUGAUUCUUUGUCUAAAACAGAUUAGAUUGUUUCCCCAGCACUGUUACAAAGCUAUGAUGAACACUGUGUCCAGGUAUUUUGUUGCAUGUGACUGGCCAGAUUUCCAACUCCAGAAGGGUAGGUAUAGAGUCAAUUGGAAAAAAACAUAAAGAAUUUAGGGUAAAUUAUUUUUUCAGCAUUUAAACUCCGUUUGUUUCCAGCUCAUCCUCUCAGUUCUCAUUCUAAAAGAUCUUUGAAAUAAAAUGGAAGUGCAAAGUCAGAGAAGGAAUAAUAUUUGAGAUCUUAGUAUGCAAAAAAGGAAUAUGCCCUUAACUCUAGUGUAAGAAGAGCACUACAAAUACACCUCAGAUACUAUUAUUCUAGGGAAGUUGUAUUUUCCAAUUAAUAAACAAUAAAUAUGGUUGAAUAGGGACAACUAAAAGGCCAGUACCACCACAGCUGAUUUUUAAGUUACUGGAAGAAGAUACAUGUGAUCUUAGCUCCUCUUACUGUUCAGUGCAUGCAAAGGCAUGGAUUGAUUAUCUGACAACUGUGGAGGAAAAAAAAAUAGAUAAGUACUGGAGUACUUGUGGGGACUGCGUACUUGUGCCUGUAGCUGUUCUUGUUUUUUAAGACUAAGUAGUUGAUAAGAUCAAAUGCCUUAAAAAGGAAGGGGGAAAGAUUUAAUGAAGAUUUCUUUUUUAAAAAAAAAAGUCUGGAAUUUUAACCAUACCUCCCUGAUAAAUAUUAAUCUCCUUAAAAAAGGAGAAAGUUUAAAAUUCUCAUAAGGUCUCAUAGCAUGUGGGACUAGUGAGAAGAGGCAGGUUUCAAGUACUUAAAAUCAAGAUGAGAUUUUUAAUAAAUUCAUAAAUAUCUUAAUUUUCUAUCUGAUUAAUUGAUUAUGCUGUUUAAAUUAUAAAGCAGUAGAGGUGCCAUAAAAAGGUAAUGAGAAAUCAUUUUUUGUGAUGGAAGAACAAGAACAAUUUAGGUCAGUUUUCUAUAAACGGCAAUAUCCUUUUUCUGCCUACUGAAGUGAAUUUAUUUUUUGACUGGGAGUUUGAAGAAGAGCUUUUUUUCCUACUUGUAUAGCUGUAGCUUUCAUGAUGAGGCAAACCUUAAGGCUGAAAUGGCCUUAGAGCGAGACAUUUGGAUGCCGCUGUAGUAAUUCAAUAAAGUAUUUGCAUUGCG